AUGACGGUACUCCGGUGGAAACUUAACAAAAGCUGUAGUACUGCCAAUCAUCCGGCCGCCCAAAGACCCGAAAAGCCUGUCAACUGGGCUUUCAUCAACAUUGAAUCCCCAGCCCAGUUGACAAGCCCAGAAAUCCAGCGCAAGGUACGACGCCAUGUCGCUGCCACCGCGCCGAAGGCUCAGAGUAGGCAGGCAACUUCAACACAAGCAGUUGACCAAAAGACGUGCACACGAUCGGAACGCCUGAUGACGGUAACCACGUACUUGGAGAGCGUGCAAGUGUGCCAACAUUUCCAGCGCGUUUUCCGCGCCGUCGGUCUCAGCGACUGCGGCGCUCUGCGGCUAGCGCUGGACGACACCGUUACCGAUUUUUCGUGUGGUACAGGUGAUGCAGAUCCCAUUUCGAAUGAUGCCUUGGCAAUUGAUUCCUUGAAGCGGUAUACGACUUCGCUUCGAACUGUGAGAGCAAUGAUGAUUCAAACGCGUAAUGGCGAAGAUCGAUAUCAGGCAACAGGUAUCGCAAUUUGUUUGGCUUUUUACGAUAUGAGAGUCGGCAACUCUGAGAGAUGGGCCUUGCAUAUGGGAGGAGUCCAGAUGAUUGUAACGGAGGCUGGCGGCUUUGGAGCGAUUGCGUCCUUUGGCCAUUUACGUGAAGCACUUUACAUGACUGAUGUUGCUGGCUCGUUGGUAUUCAACACCCCCCCGAGGUUCUCUCAGUUUACAAUGUCUGCGAUGGCUCUCUCAAAUCCCUCGAAGACUACACGAGUCGAUCAGGCACCGCCAGCAGAGUCUAUCCAUGCUACAGCAGAUCUCUCACGAGAGCUAUUUACUAUUGCUCAUGACCUACUAGUCUUGCCGCAGCUCCAAGCCACGAAUACAAAUACAUCACCACUUUGGACCUCGGAACAGGCUUCGAUGAGAGAGGCUGUUCGGCAGGCGGCGCUGGCAGCCGUAGCGUGUGUGCUGACAACUUCAUCGCAAGACGACACGUACUGCGCUCGCCACCGCAACGGCAAAAUUCGAAAACUAGUUUGCAGUACAAGCGAGUACGCCUGGAAAGGUAUGGAAGAGCUGCAGCUGUGGGUUCUUGCUGUUGCUGCGCUCAUAGAAAAUGACGAGGACAGAACGUGGCUCACGGGUCAGAUUGCAAACAGCAUGUACCAACGUGGCUUAUACGUCUGGGACGACUUGGUUCAUUUACUUCGCCGAGUAGCCUGGUCGGAGACGCUGGCCGUUCAAGAUACUGCACGGUUCAAGAGCAAGGUGGAGCAAGCUUUGGAAGAAAGACUGGCCUUAUAA